AUGGCCCAGAUGUGGCUCUCAGCCAUUAUACUUUUAUACGCAAAUCACGUUUUGAGUGAAACGACAUCACCGUCAAAUUUUCCAUUCCCCCCAUCGUUUUCAUCAAACGAUACCGGAAGUCGCCUUUCGGAUGUUCAAUUAUCUUGUGCUGAAGGAUGGGAAAGAAGCGGAGAAAAAUGCUUCCGUCUUUUCCCAUCAACUCGUUCAUGGUCUCAAGCUUUAGCAACUUGCGAUCGGUACGGCGCUCAAUUAGCACGAAUCGAGUCUCCAAAUGAGAACGAAUUCUUGGGAAAAAUGACCCGGAAACCCGGUCGAACACAAACAACCGGACAACCAUUUUGGAUUGGAUUGAGUGCCGAGGAACAAGCAGGUGAUAUUGUUUUCCGUUGGUCAGACGGAACUCCUGUCUCUCGUUAUACCGGCUUUUGGGAACACGAUCAGCCAGAUCAUGGAUCGGGAAGCUGUACUUUAGCUGCUUCAUUACAAUGGAGAUUGGAUCAAUGCAACUUGCUGUUGCCUUUCAUUUGUGAGAGACCAGCGUGCGUCAAAGGCGCAUUUUUCUGUCUUAAUGGCGGAUGUGUUCCUGAAGGAAAACAUUGCAAUGGAGUUGAUGAUUGUCGAGAUUUGAGUGAUGAGCUCAAUUGUCCCGCCUCUCAUUCUGAGCUUGCUUGUCUUCAGUAUGAAAAAGGUGAAAGUGGGAAAUUUGCUACUCCAAAUUACCCAGCUAGUUACAAGGGAAACACAGCUUGCCGAUGGGUUAUUGAAAGUCCGAUCAACACAAGAAUUCAUCUCGAAUUUGAGUAUUUCGAGACAGAAGCGAAUGAGGAUAUCGUGACAAUUCUUGAUGGUGGACCCUCAGAAAAUGCAUCCACCGUUUUGGCAUCAAUUUCCGGAAAUAAAUCUCCAGAAGAGCUCUCUUUCACAUCUGCUUCAAAUAUUAUUAUUGUAAGAUUUCGAUCAGAUGCCCUGGUUCAAGCGAGAGGUUUUCAAGCAAAUUGGAAAGCAGUGCCAUUCCAAUGUGGCGGUGAAUUGACGGCUCAACCAUAUGGGCAAAGUUUCUCGAGUCCCGAUUAUCCAAAUGGAUAUCCAAAUGAUGUGGAAUGUGUUUGGAAAAUUGAGGCGUUGUUUGGCAAUCUAAUCACAAUUGCGUUGGAAGAUCUUUCUAUUGGGAAAAAUGACUAUCUUCUUAUUUAUGAUGGACCAUCACCGGCUGCACCAAUUCUCGCUCGAUUAAGUGGAGAGAAAAAUGAUACAAAUGAUCAUAUAACAUCAACUUCUCAUUCAAUUUAUAUUUAUUUCUUUUCGGAUGGACUAAAAGAAAAGGGAAGAGGAUUCACACUUGGAUAUAAAAGAGGUUGUGACGUAACAGUUCGUCAAUCAUCUGGAUAUCUUAUUUCACCGGGAAAUACGAGGAUUCCUUAUCCGGGACUUCUUUCUUGUACUUACACAAUCGAGGUUCCAAAUGCGAGAGGAGAUCAUUCACUUUCACUUAUUACUAAUCGUUUCGAUCUUGCAGUUGAUGAUUUCUUGAAGGUGUUUGAAGGACAAGGACGAGUACAAAUGAUUUUUGAGACAAACGCAAUACGAAGUGGCACUGGUUUCAAUUUCACUUUUUCAACUAAUUGUUUACCAUUGAGAGUUCCAUCAUUGGUUACACUAUCAUCGAAAUCGACAACAUAUGGAACGACUUUAACAAUCGCUUGUCCGAGAGGUUAUGAAUUUUUGAAUGGGAAAGGGAAACAAUACACAAUUUUGUGCGAACUUGGUGGAAAAUGGUCAGACUCGAAGAUUCCCGAUUGUCAACCCUUAUACUGUUCUCCUGUUCCCCAAAUUGCCAAUGGAUUUGCCGUCUCAGCCACAAAUGUCUCAUUUAUGGGAAGAGCUCGAUAUUCUUGUUAUGAGGGAUUCAAAUUCCCUUCUGCUCGUGAAUCCGAAGAAAUCUUGUGUUCCGAAGAUGGUCAUUGGACACCUCCCCCACAAUGCAAAGCUGCCAGUUGCCCAGCUUUGAGUCCAUUCCAGAAUGGAGAUCGUUCACUUGAAUUUGGAGAUGGAACUGGCUAUGGAACGGUCUUUAAAUUUGAAUGUACUCCCGGAUAUAGAAGAAUCGGUGCUUCGACUCUUUUAUGUCAAACCGACGGAACGUGGAGUUUUGUGCAGCCAAUUUGCAAACGUUUAACUUGUUCAAAUAUCCCUAAAAUUGGAAACGGACGUAUUGUGGUCGAAGAAAAAUUCCAUUUUGGUGAUACUGCUCGUGUCGAGUGCGAUUUCGGAUAUAAAAGUGAUGGAGCUGAUGAGGUGAAAUGUUUGGCGAACCAGACCCUCUCGUCGAUUCCCAAAUGUAUUGAUAUUGACGAGUGUGCCGAGCAAAAAUCUCUUUGUUCAGAAUCAUCCACCAUUUGCAAGAAUCUACCUGGUGGAUACACAUGUCAAUGUUUGUCAGGAUUUUCCGGGCCGAAAAUUUGCUCUAAUCCAUCACCGCUAUAUUUGGCUAAAGUUGGGGCUUCAUCCGAAAAUUUCCUAUAUCCAACAGCUACUCUUUCAAGAGGAGGAUGGUGUGCAGAAGAAGGCGAUUUGAAGAAGACGGUCACAAUUGACUUGGGGACCCCGAAAACGGUAGAAAGAUUGCAAAUCGAGAAAACCUCUGAGGGAUAUCCCACUCGAAUCUCCUUGCGAUUUGCCGAAAAUGCCUCAAGACCUUUAGAGCAGUACACAGUUGGAAAAGAUUCGAUAUUUCCCCUUCGAGGAGUGUCCAUGUCUGGUGGAGAACUCUUUACGUUGCCACACCCAAUCGAGGCACAAAUCGUUGAAAUAAAACUUGUGGAAACAAAAGGAUCACCUUGUGCUCAAAUCACGGUAUUGGGUUGCCAGAAAAGCUCAUGCUUAGACAUCAAUGAAUGUGAGGGAAAUAAUGGAUACUGUGAUCACAUUUGUUUCAACAAAAUGGGUUCUUAUGAAUGUGGUUGUCGAGAGGGUUUUGAUCUUUUUGUUGAAGAUGGACAAAGUGGACGAAUUGUGAAAGAAGGAGAGACUGGCAAGCAUAAUCUCGAUGUAUACAGAUUCAAUAAAACGUGUGUACCAAGAGUUUGCCCUACUGUCACUUCACCGAUUAAUGGGAAACUUCUCGCAACUCACAAAGAAUUUGUUUAUCCGAUGACUGUCAAAUUCCAAUGCAAUUUUGGAUAUCAGAUGAUGGGAGCUGAAUUCAUCCAAUGUCUUGCUGAUGGUACAUGGAACGGGACAACCCCAUUUUGUCUACCUGCCACGUGUCAAGGUGUGCACAAUGUAUCGACGAUCGGCCUUUAUGUAUCACCGGAUAAUGCAACAAUUGCUUUUGGUCAAAAUGUUUCCAUUACCUGCACACAUCAAAAUAGACCAGCCCCUUCAAUGUUCUUUCGAGAAUGUGUCUAUGAUCCACAAAACGAUGGCAGAGACUAUUGGUUGAGUGGAGCACCGGUUGACUGUCCGAUGAUUGAUUGCGGUCGUCCGCCACAAUUGGCUGGAGCUGUUUAUGGCGGAGAUAAUGGGGUCUACGAGGUGGGAGCUUCGUUGCGCUUUUCUUGUCGGCCUCCAUAUGCUUUGGUGGGUCGUUCUUCUUACGAUGACACUCUCGUUCGGUGUCAUCUUGAUGGCUCGUGGGAUAUCGGAAAUCUUCGAUGUGAAGGACCUGUUUGUGUUGAUCCGGGCUAUCCGCCAGAUGGCUCUGUCUCCUUGACUUCGGUUGAAGAAGGAGCGGUAGCAAAAUUCUCGUGCAACCGACCUGGGUUCAAACCUUUCCCUUCUGACGCUAUCAACUGCACUCUUGGAACGGCAUGCAGUCUUUCGGAAGAUCUUGGAAUCAGCGAUGGAUAUGUUCCAGAUGGUGCUUUUAGUGACAAUGCUGAUACUGUCAACUACGGCUAUGAGCCAUAUAAGGCAAGAAUGAGCUCGACUGGAUGGUGUGGUCAAAAUGACACAUUCAUUUUCCUCUCCGUUGAUCUGCAAAGAGUCUACACAUUGACCACUUUGAGGCUAUCAGGAGUAGCGAAUGGAGGUCCUUUAAGAGGACAUGUGACAAAGAUGCAAUUGUUCCACAAAAGUCAAUACACUCACAAUUAUGACACAUAUCCUGUGGAAUUCGAAACGCCGUCUGGAAAUCACAACGCAAUGCAUCAUUUUGAGUUGCAUCCAUCGCUCCAGGCUCGCUACUUAUUGUUGGCAGUGACCGAAUAUGAAGGUAGUCCAUGUAUGAAGUUUGACGUUCAAGGAUGUCUGGCUCCAACUUCUAUUCAAGAUAUCCCCAUUCACUUACAAGUCGGCUGGAACGCUUCUGUACCGACGUGUAUCGAUAGUGAACCACCGGAGUUCAGUAAUUGUCCGGUGAAUCCAAUCUAUACAACUACUGACGAGAACGGCCAAAUCAAGCCUAUUGAGUACGAGAUUCCAAAAGCCUUGGACAAUUCGGGUCGAGUCGCAUGGGUGAGAGUUGAGCCACAAGAAUUUGAGCCUCCGAGAGUGAUCACUGCUGAUCUUGAUGUACUCUAUACGGCUUUCGACGAAGCGGGAAACACAGCUGAAUGUUUAGUGCAGAUUCGAAUUCCAGACACUUUACCGCCUGUGAUGAAAUGCCCUGACUCGUACGCACUGUGGGCAUCGGAAGGAAUGAAUUCAACAGAAAUUAUCUUUAAUGAAAUGAGCGUCCCGAUGGUCAUUCAAGAUAUUUCCAAUAUCACCGCCGUCACUUUUGUCCCCGAAAAAGCGACAAUCAAACUUGGGGAAUAUGUAACAGUUGAAGUAACAGCCAUUGAUGCGCUCGAGAACAGCAAUAAGUGCAGCUUCCAAGUCGCCUAUAUGCCGGAAAUCUGUUCCCCUUGGUCAUUGGCUAGUGCCUCGAAUACAUUGAAGAUUUGCCGGGAAAGAAAUGGAGCCACAACUUGCACAAUUUCUUGUAAAAAGGGAUAUCGCUUUGUGGAUGAGGAAAAGACGGAAAAGGAGUUUAUUUGCUCUGAUGGGACAUGGUCUCCAUCAGGGAUUGCCCCAUCUUGUGUUCAAGAUCCAGAUGAACCGGCUCGAUAUGAGCUGGGUGUUGCAUUUGAUUAUCCCAUUGCCACACCAGUCAGCACCGAUUGUAUAAAGCUUUCCAGGGGUUACACAGCACUUGUUGCAACAUAUUUUGAUUCUCUCGACACAGUGCUCUCAUCUCGGUGCUCCUCAUCCGUUCAAAUUUAUGUUCGUUUUCUUGAUGUUCGCUUUGAUCAACAACCUGGAAAUCUACGAGGAAACUAUACGAUACAGAUUCUCCCAUCCGUGCUGCAAGAUGUUUUCUAUGAACUUUGUGGCUUGACCCUUCGGACAAUCUUUGAUCUCACAAUUCCAGGAGCUACUACAUCGAUUAAACAAUUGCUUUCAUUGGAUGCUGGGGCUACACAAUCAGGACAAUGUCCUACACUUAUUGCCGCUAACUCUAUGAUUUCUCAAGGAUUUGGAUGUGCUGAUGGAGAAGUUUUGCGACCUUCACAAGAGAAAAAUCUUCCCGAAUGCUUCCCAUGCGCUGUUGGAACAGUGAAUGUAAACAACACAUGUCUCAAAUGCCCCCGUGGAUCUUUCCAGGAUGAAAAGGGACAAGUUGCUUGUAAAGCUUGUCCAGAUGGCCACUACACUCACUAUUCAGGGGCCUACUCCAUCGAGCAAUGCUUAGCCAUUUGUGGCAAUGGUAUGUACUCACCAACGGGAUUGAUUCCAUGCCAACUUUGUCCUCGACACACCUAUGCUGGACCACCACCAGUCGACGGAUACAAGGAAUGCACCUCAUGUGAGCCGGGCUCUUACACGGCUCGUCUCGGCUCUACAAGUCCAUCUCAAUGCAAAAGGGCCUGUCAAUCAGGCACUUUCUCUUUAACUGGAUUGGAGCCAUGCUCGAAAUGCCCUCAAAACUACUAUCAAUCAAAUGCUGGCCAACAAAAAUGCAUUGAGUGUGGUAAUUCGACGGCUACUUUCACAGAUGGGGCUGGAGCAGAAGAUCUUUGUUUGCCGAUUGAUUGUGCGGCUAUCGCUUGUGAAAAUCAAGGUCUUUGUGCAAUUGUCAACCAUCGAGCGGUUUGUAAGUGUCGACCUGGGUACUCAGGAUCUCGUUGUGAGAAUGCAAAUGAGAUCUGUGCUUCAAACCCAUGCUUCAACAAUGGGAUCUGUGAGCCAGCUGCCGGAGGAUACAGAUGCAUUUGCCCAAGAGGUUAUUCUGGUGCUCGUUGUCAAAAAGAGAAAGACGAUUGUGAUGGAGAGAGCUGUCCAAAUGGGGGAAUUUGUCACAAUAUGCCAGGAAUCGGAAAUAAGCAAUGUCUUUGCAGAACCGGCUUUGCUGGUCCAGAAUGUGAAGAAGUGACAGAUAUCUGCACGGCGGCUAAUCCUUGUAGAAAUGGAGCAGAUUGCACGCCAUUACAAUUGGGUCGUUUCAAAUGUAAAUGUUUGCCUGAUUCAAUUCAGUUA